AAAAUGGAGAGGUUUCUGUCGCCUACCGCGCCGCUGCUCAUCCUCAGCUGCCUGGGUUUCUCACGAGUCUUUGGGGACAGCUUAGCUGCUCCCUUCAAUGUGACCCUCAGAGAUCUGAAGGCCAACUCUGCCGUGGUGACAUGGGACAUCCCAGAGGCAGACUUUGCCAUCGGCUUCGCUAUCACACAGCAGAAGAAAUAUGGACGCAUGCUGCGCUUCAUACAGGAAGUGAACACCACCACAAACUCCUGUGCACUAUGGGACUUGGAGGAGGAGACAGACUACAUUGUGCACGUCCAGUCCAUCGGCAUGCUGGGGCCCAGCCCGCAGAGCAAACCCCUGAACUUUCGGACGCCCAAAGAGGCCGAGACGCUGGCCUCCGAGAGUAACGACGAGGUGACCAUGGAGGAGGUGGGCCAGAGCGCACAGCUCAGGGCUGGGGAGCUGAUCAUCAUCGUGGUGGUCCUGAUCAUGUGGGCAGGUGUGAUUGCGCUCUUCUGCCGUCAGUACGACAUCAUCAAAGACAACGAGCCAAACACCAACAAGGACAAAGCCAAGAACUCCUCAGAGUGCAGUACGCCGGAGCACCAGUCGGGGGGGCUGUUGCGCAGUAAGCAUCCCAGGAACAACAAUAACAACAACAGAACUCUGUCUGUCAACAUCAUCGAGGUGUGACCGCUGGGAUGCCGUCUCUUUAUAAAGACUUUGUGUUCCUGCACAGAAGCAGGCCCGCCACUCUUUGUUUUUUCUGGCCAUGAGGCAGAGGGAACUCGUUGUUGGAGGAGGCUCCUCCCCUCCGAUAGGGGAGCGGGGCGCGGCUCUCCACAGGCUGCUGAUCAUGGCCUGGCUUCCGGCGGCUGGGUGGAGAGCAGAGGCUGCCGCCACGCGAGACUUUGACCGUGGCGUUGCAGUGGUGCUUAGUGGCUUCCCCGCCACGGCAGAGAUAAGGGCCAAGCAGGCACGGAUAUGAGUCUUGAUACAACAAGCCCCACAGACGUCCCAGGUCCAGCCUCCAACCAACCUGUACAUGGAGACUGAGAACGAUUGAUAGAGCGAGGGACCAAUUCUAUCUUCGUUCUCUUCACCCUCCCCCCUUUAUGACCUGUUUCUG